AUCCACUCCCAGCAUCCUCCGCUCUUACAAAGCAGCAGCUUAAGACGAAGCAAAAUGAAAUCUAUGAUUCCAGCUGCUUUACUGUUAGCGUGUGUCGCACUCGUUAAUUUGGGUGCUGUACAAGCUGGACAAACAAACACCAACAUCAACGAAAAUAGCAAUAGUAACGACAACAUCUUGUAUGACAUCCUGGUGAGCAUUGCAGAGUCUGGCCCAGAGGAACCCAUUCCGACUGUGAAGCCCAGGCCUCCAGUAGUCCCUACCUACAAGCCCAAGCCGACCUACAAGCCUACUUACCAGCCUACUUACAGGCCUACCCACAAGCCUAUCUACAAGCCUACCCACAAGCCUAUCUACAAGCCUACCCACAGGCCUACCUAUAAGCCUACCCAAAAGCCCUACCCUACCCACAAGCCUACCCAAAAGCCCUACCCUACCCACAAGCCUACCCAAAACCCCUACCCUACCUACAAGCCUACCCACAAGCCCCACCCUACAUACAAGCCUACCCACAUGCCCCACCCUACAUACAAGCCUACCCACAUGCCCCAUCCUACCUACAAGCCUACCCACAAGCCCGUCCCUACCUACAAGCCUGUGCCGACCUACAAGCCCAGGCCUACUGUGGUCCCCACCUACAGGCCGGCCACCACUGAACACUACAAAGAAAAGCCCUGCAAACAUUGUUCUCCCUACUCGACAUCGCACGAUUCUCAUGCACAGAAACCUUCCGAAUUCGCAUUCGGUUUAAAUUUCGAAAAUCCCUUCAAUUUCAAAACGAGCGAUAACGAAAAAUCAGAGUCCGACGUAAAAUCGAAUGAGGCAACGCAAGUGUUCAAUGAGGACGUACUCGAAACGAACUUCCUCAGAGCUUCACUAGAGAGCGAGACUUCAGACAUGGAGUCGCAGAACAUGGAAUUCGAAAACUAA